AUGGUUUUUGGUGUUGAUUGGCUCGAUUCGUCCAUGAAUGAAAGUUUCACAUUGCAAGCAAUCGAGAGGCAAUAUCAGAAUGAAACGGUGCUGUCGAUGAUUGCCGAAUACGUUUGCUCGAAUGUUAACAGCGCCUCACCGAUGCCCGACUUGCAUUGUCAACAGUUUCCUGUGGAACAUUCAAUUCCAACUCAAGUGGUUGUUGCGAGUGCAUUCUCGAUUCUGAUAUUGACAGCAGUUAUCGGAAAUUGUGUUGUUAUGUGGAUUAUUGCGAUGCAUAAGGUAAUCUCCGUCACAUUGAAGGUGAUGCACAGAAGAUUCAACUAUUUCCUGUUGAAUAUGGCAUUCGCCGAUUUCUUGAUAGCGCUCUUGAAUGUUGGUACGACGUGGACGUUUAAUUUUUACUACGACUGGUGGUUCGGUAAAUUCUGUGCGGUGAACCUGUUUUUUGGAGUUGCACCCACCUGCGUCUCAGUGUUCACCAUGGUGGCCGUCAGUUGGGACAGAUGCCGCGCUUUAGUGAAUCCACUCCGUAAACGAUCGUCAUCGAACCGUCGAACCGUUUGGAUAAUCGUCACAAUUUGGUUAUCAGCCACGUGCGUUGCCUUGCCAAAUGCGCUUCAUUCACGCAUCGAAAAGCAUUUCUUCUUUUCGGCAAAACAUCGUUCUCUGACUGUGCAGUGGCUAUGCAUCAGUGAUUUUUCAUACAAAGUCGUAUACGAUAAUGUAUUGUUGAUCAUACAGUACAUUUUGCCUUUGAUUGUUUUAUCGGCCACUUACGGUAGGAUUGCGUGUGCGUUUCGAGAUCAAACAGACAGUUUGCAGCAGCACAGCACCAAAUAUCAGGAGCAUUUGUGUGCUAAACGCAAGGCAGUGAAAAUGUUGGCACUGGUGGUUGGAAUCUUUAUGGUUUGUUGGUUGCCAUAUCAACUGUAUCACGCUAUUCUCGAGCGUUUGAUCACGAACUUCGAAUUGGCCUCAUACAGUUACUUGGUAUUCUAUUGGUUGGCAAUGAGCGCCUCUGUAUAUAAUCCGUUCAUUUAUUGUUAUGCUAAUGCACGCUUUCGAAUAGGAUUUCGAUACGCAUUUCGAUACUUGCCUUGUGUGCAUUGCACAGUUGAAGAGUACGAGCAAAGCGAAUUGUUCGCCGAGAAACAUCGUGGUCAUACGAACUAUCGAACACUCCGCAAAAGUUUGCAGGAAAAGAUUUCAACGGUUUCUAUAGUAAGUUCGUUUUGUGACUGUCACAUACCCAGAACGGUUGAUUGA